AUGUCAUAUACUCAAAGUGAACCCCUCUAUCCACCAAAUCAACAAGAUUAUUUUGAUAAUUUGAAUCUUUCAUUGUCCUCGUCGACAUUGGAUUCUUCAAAUGGGGAUGAAUUAAGUUCUUCUCAAGAUACAAUUAUAUCUGAAGAUUCUUCGGCCAAUGGUAUUGUUAGCAAAAACGACAUAGACGAGCUUGAACAAGAAUUUACAUUAAGUUUGUUAUUAUCUGUUAAAAAUGUUAAAGGAAAUUCAUGUGAUUCUGUAUGUUGUAUAUAUAUAUUUAUAUGCGAAAUUAUUUCAACGAGGCAAAAUAUCAGUACGAUGAAAACUCAAAGUAGUCUCCAACUACGAAAUCGUGAAAUUAAAAAUUAUUAUACGAACAUUUUGUAUAAGAAACGUAAUUAUAAGAGGCACAAAAGAAAUUAUUUCAAAAUUCUUCCAAAUGAAAUUAUUGAUAAGAUAUUUGAAAAUAUUGUUAAUGAUAUUUUUAAUAUCCGAAUUACAUUUAAAAAAUCAGUAGUUGAUUUUAUUUCUUCAAUACAAUUGAUUGAUCGAACAACGAAAAAGCAUUUUGAAGUAACUCUUCAGCACUUUUAUAUGAAUAGCUGGUUAAGGCAUGAAUUUGAAGAAGUCCCAAAUUAUGAUAUAGAAUUUUUAACUAUAUAUAAAUAUUGGUUGAAUAGCCAUGGGCAUGGUGGUUAUUUCUUUGCUGUAAUGAUGAAAGAGUAUGAUUAUACAUUUUGUAAGAAACUAUGGGAUUUUUUAAUUACCUUUAAAUAUCGUUCUUUGGAAUAUUUGAAAAAAAUUCUCCAAAAAAUUGUAGAUGAUAACGAUGCAGAUAUUCUGAGACAUUAUUACUCUUUGGUCGAAUUUAUUAAUUACUCUAAGGAUAUUAGGGAUCAACAUUUAGAUGGAGAAGCUUAUUAUUACUUUAAGAAAUUAUUUCAUAAAACAUUUGGAUCUGAACAAUCACGAGAUACACGUCCGUCACGCCGC